AUAAAAACUCAUAUUUGUUUGGCACAGUUUUUACGCCACAUGCUCUUCACGGCUCCCGGUUUACCAAACCAAUGCUCUAACCACUGAGCUUUUGGGCCUCAUUACUGUUCAUUAUUCGUACUGGAUUAUAUUAUGCUUCUACUAUUAGAGUAAAUAGUACUUGUGGGGGCGGCACAGAGGUUCAGCUGGUAUAGCGUUGGCCUCACAGUUCUGAGGACCCGGGUUCAAUCUUGGCCCCGCCUGUGUGGAGUUUGCAUGUUCUCCCCGUGCCUGCGUGGGGUUUCUCCGGGCACUCCGGUUUCCUCCCACAUCCCAAAAACAUGCAACAUUAAUUAGACACUUUGGCCCCAAGUGUGAUUGUAGCUGUUUGUCUCUAUAUGCCCUGCGAUUGGCUGGCAACCAGUUCAGGGUGUACCCCGCCUCCUGCCCGUUGAACGUUGUGAUUUUCUCCAGCACUCCCCGCGACCUUCGUAAGGAUAAACGGCAAAGAAAAUGGAUGGAUGGAUGGAUGGAUUACUUGUGGGUUGUUUUGUCCUCCUCCCUGUUCAGGCGCGCUCACUGCAAAAGAAGGCAAGGCGCGCGCAUAAGCAGGAAAGGUUUCUGCUCGUACCCUCAGUGUGGUUGAUAGCCGGUGAUUAGCCCCUCGCUCCUCGCAUUUGGGGAAUCCUCCAGUGUGUGCUGGGAUGAAGAGACAUUUUUGAACAUCUGCUCCGGGUUCGGAGAACGGUGGUAAUAAAGAAGACAUCGUUGUACGAUUGUGCCUGAAAAAUUGGUGACGCGCGAUGGAGCAGCAGAGACAGAGAGCUCUGUCCACGUCAGGAGAAUCACUGUAUGCUGUGCUGGGAGUGGACAAGAACGCGACCACAGAGGACAUAAAGAAAUGUUACAGGAAACUUGCAUUAAAGUUUCACCCAGAUAAGAAUCCUGAAAAUCCAGAGGCAGCCGAGAAGUUCAAAGAGAUAAACAAUGCUCACACCAUCUUGAGUGAUGGAACCAAGAAGAACAUCUACGACAAGUAUGGUUCCUUGGGCCUCUAUGUGGCUGAGCAAUUUGGAGAGGAGAAUGUCAACACCUACUUUGUUCUGUCCAGCUGGUGGGCAAAGGCCUUGUUUGUCUUCUGCUGCUUAUCCACUGGUUGUUAUUUGUGCUGCUGCCUGUGUUGCUGCUGCAACUGCUGCUGUGGCAAAUGCAAACCUCGUCCUCCAAUGGACCAGGAGCCUGAAUUCUAUGUAUCCCCUGAGGACCUGGAGGCCCAGAUGACACCCGAUGAGAUAGAUGGCAGCAGCGAGCCCAUUGUGAUGCAGCCAUCCUCUGCCACAGAAACUACACAGCUCACUGCUGAGUCCCACCAAAGCUACCGGACUGACACAUAUUAAACACACACACACAAUCCUACCUCCAGUGGUUUCUCCAGGUUCCACAAUUGGUUUAUCAUUUGUUUGAUUACUUUUCAGCUGGCCGGACUGCUUAUCCUCACUAGGGUCACAGGCGAGCUGGAGACUAUCCCAGCUAUCUUUGGCAAGAGACGGGGUACACCCUGAACUGGUCGCCGGGAAGUUGCGGGGCACAUGGUAUGGAAAAUAUUUAGACCCCCCUGAAAUGUUUCAGAUAUAUUGCAGCCCUUUUGCUAAAAUCAUUUCCCCCCUCAUUAAUGAACACACAGCACCCCCAUUUUGACUGAAAAUAAUGAAUUUUUGAAAUUUUUGCAGCUGUAUUAAGAAGCUGAAAAAACACACAGCCAUAAGUAUUUUUUACAGGACCUUAGACUGCGCCAAAAAUUCACCUUCCAACAAGACAAUAGCCCUAAGCACAGAGCAAAAAUAACUUCAAAUCAACUGUGACUUUUCUUGAAUGGACCAGGCAGAGCCCGAAUUUAAACCAAUUGAGCAUCUCUGGAGAGACCUGAAAAUGGCUGUCCACCAGCAUUCACCAUCCAACCUGACAGAACUGGAGAGGAUCUGCAUGGAGGAAUGACAAAGGAUCGCCUAAUCUAGGGGUGAAAAAUCUUGUUGCAUCGUUCCCAAAAAGACUCAUGGUUGUUUUAGCUCAAAUGGGAGGUUCUACUAAACACUGGGCAAAGUGUUUGAAUACGGCUGUCUGACAUUUCAGUAUUUCUUAUUGAAAGAAUCUGCAAACAAAUUUCUUGCAAAAAAAAAAAUCCUGUCACUAUGGGGUGAUGUGUGUACAAUAGUGAGGAAAAAAAUGACUUGAUGGCAAUAUAACAAAGACUGAAAAAUGUAAAAGGAUCUGAAUACUUUCCUUACCCAUUGUAUAAAUGACAAAUUGCACUCACAUUUGCACCAAUGGGCAGUUUAGAGUCUUCAAUUAACUCACCAUUCAUGUUAAUGGAAUGUAGGAGGAAACCGCAGUACGCGGAGAAAACCCACACAGGCACAGGGAAAACAUGCAGACUCCACACAAGGGAGGCCAAAUAAAUGUCCUCAGAACUUUGAGGCAGUCGACCACAAUGCAGCCCAAUUUGAAAUUUACAAAAAAAAAAAUUAGUUUUUUAAAAUCCAACAAAAAAAUGAAAAAUGGUUAUAGGAGUGAGUGUGAGUAUAUAUUAGCUUGGUUCUUGCUAGAGUGUCCAAUUGUGAUGUCACGGUACCAAAUUCAACUUCGAUACUAUACCUGCAUAAAUUAUGACAAUACUGGGACUGAAACGAUACCAUGGCACAGUAAAAGCUUUAGAAUGACAACUGAAUAAACAACUUAAAAUGCUUUUGCAUUUUUAUUCCUUUAAAAUAUUAGUAUAAUCUUGAAAAAUAAAAGAAUAAAGUAAUUAGUCAUAUUUUUUUCAAUUAGAUCAAUGCCUGGAUUAGCAUAUGGAAUAUAUAUAUGUACAUGGAACAAAUGUCUGAAAAUAUAUUAGCCUACGCUUGAUUCUCCUAUUUAUUCAAUUCAAUGUCUCGUACCACUAAAUGUAUAAAACCUGAAGAAUCCAUAAGGUUAAUUGUAUCAUGAAAAAUGAUUUUGGUUGUAAGAAUGAAAAACAUGGAAAAUGGUGAGAUAUCAGAUAUUGAUUGUUCGUUUUAUUAUUUUGACUAUUUUUCUUAUUUGUACGAAUAAAUGUACUGUAUCUUCAAUUGUACCAGGCUUUAAUUAAAGGAACAAGAAACUAAAAA